AUCACAUUCGCUGAAGUCUAGUAGCUGUCGCCUGAUUUCAAAAUCAAAAUUGAGGAGAAGGAUUGCCAUGCAUACAGCAGAAUACUCGGAUAUCUCCAUUGCACUAUCGCAGUUUCUUUUGAAACUCUCGGGUAUUUGGAUGACUAUGAAUAACACCGAAGAACGUCGAAGAAUAUUUGCCAUGGUAUAUACUCUAGUCAUUCAUAUCUUCGGAUUGUAUCUAAAUCUCGGCGAUGUUUACUACAGCUGGAACAAUUUAGGCCACUGUACUUUCCUAAUCUGUAAUACAUUAUGCAUCAUAUUAGCGAUGUUCAAAGUUUUGGUAUUAAACAUUCGCAGAACGGAAUUCAAGGAUUUAGUAUUAUUUGCGCAACAGAAUUUCUGGCAUUUCAAGUACAAUCACAGGGAGAAAAUACUUUUCAUGAAGUGCCGAAAAUUUUGCAAACUAUGGACCAUAACGGCAUGUUCUGUCACGCAAGCCGCUUUGGCUUUUUAUCUGAUCACACCAAUAUGCGCGAACAUCGGAAAAAACAAAUCGGAUAGAAUACUUCCGUUCAAAAUGUGGAUCAAUUUCCCGCUAAGUGUGACACCAUAUUACGAAAUAAUGUUUGCCAUUCAGGUGAUAGUUGUGGAACAAAUCGGUGUGUCCUAUUUGUGCAAUGAUAACUUCUUAUGCAUAUUAAACAUGCACGUGAUCUACCAAUUCCGCAUGCUGCAGAACAGGUUGUUAAAUCUGUGGAAGAUCAUCGAUAAACAAACGAAUAAGGCUGAUUGCACUGAAAGAUGCUACACAGCGUUGAAAAAAUGCAUCAGGAAGCAUCAGUCAUUGAUCGAAUUCUGCGACAAACUCGAGUACGUUUAUACGUUGCCAAUCUUCGGCCACAUGGUAGUCUUUAGCUUAUUAAUGUGCUUUGAUACGUACGAGAUACUCCUGGCAAACGUAUCCAUCGGGACACGACUCAUUUUCGUUUUCCAUAUGAUCGGUAGCUUUAUCCAUAUAAUUAUCUUCACCUACAGUUGCCAUUGCUUAAUGGAGGAAAGUGUGAACAUUAGCUUGGCAACGUAUUCAGGCUGGUGGACAAUUCUGCCAAUGACCAAAACUGGUAGAAUGAUACGAAAAGAUAUUAAUAUAAUAAUGAUGAAGUCGAUCCGACCGUGUUAUCUGUCCGCCGCUGGAUUCUUCCCUGUGUCUUUGGAAACAUCUACUGCGCUUAUGAGUUCCACAGUGUCAUAUUUCACGCUCAUGAGAGAAUCAUCCACGAGAGAAUGACAGACAAAUAAUUCAUAUCGUAUGAUAUAUAUACAUAAAUUUACGUGAUAAAAAUAUUUUAAUUGUUUGUUUACAAACAAACUGUGUUUUAGUAACAAUGAAAAUAAAGUUAUUCAAACGAUUUUACGUGGAGGAAA